CAUUCCCUGUUUCUCUCUUCACAGCAGCACCAGCUUUUGUGGGACGCAGGGCAGUAAUUCCGGCCAGCUCCCUGACUCUACUAGACCAUCCAGCUGUGGGCUCAAAGCUGCUCCACAGGCACCAUGCGGAGCGCCCUGCUGCUGGCAGCCGUCCUGGCCCUCAGCCUGGCUCUAGGGGCCGUCUGUGAGGGGUCACAGGAGCAGGUGGUGCGCAGUGGGGGCCGCAGGGAGAAAGUCCCGGAUAUUAACCAGUUGCUGAAGACACUCUCUGGCAGCGGCUCAGUCUCCGUGGAUGAAUUGCUCAAAACUCUGGGCAGAGCUAGCAAGGAUCCUAAGAAAUUGUCACUUCUCCAGAAACGUGACAUGCAUGACUUCUUUGUGGGACUUAUGGGCAGGAGGAACAUCCAGCCAGACACUCCUAUUGAUGUGAACCAAGAGAAUGUCCCCAGCUCUGGCAGCCACAAGUACCCCCCUGAUGUGGAAUGAGAUGCCCCUCCCCUUCCCCUGCUGCUUCCCCGGCAGGUGGUUGGUGGGAGUCUUACCGGACAGAGGAUGUGAUUUUAUUUUUUUGGUCCUCAGCACUCCAUUUCUAGACUCCUGGGCUGCAUCCGGAAGACACUCUGUCGCCCUCUUCGAAUCCCCAGGUGCAUGCACUCCUAUUUUCUUUUCUCUUCCCAACCUUGUAACAUUCUUGUGCUUAGACUCUUUCCCCAUCCCUCUACCCACUGCUGAUGUACAAAGUGCACAGUGAGCAUCCCCAGUUUCAGCCGGGCACUGGUUCUAGAUUCCCCUGGCUUCCUCCACA